GGCUUAGUUUUACAUGCAUAUAGUCUACCUUUGCUUUCCUCAGACUAUUCCUACUGUCAAAAGUCUACACGCCUGUUUCGAUUAGGACUGCUAUUAGACCGCUUUUACCUUUACCACGCGCAACCAUGCGCCUUUAUAUACUUGCAGCUUUACUUAGCCUGUCUGCUAUAGCGCAUGGAGCUAGUGUUAAUGACGAAGCCAACUGGGGAGGCCUUCCAGAUCACCUGCUGCCGACUGCUCUUGUAAUGCAUCAUGAAGCGGACAAACAGUUCGAGGAAGAGGCGACGCCUUGGGUGGAGCAGGUCGGCCUGCGUCCCCGCUCUUACCUCUACCACAACUUCCUAACAAAGGCGGAGAGGGCACACAUUGUGAGGCUGGCAGCCCCCAGGCUCAAGCGCUCUACUGUCGUGGGGCACAACGGCGAGGGUGUCGUCGACGAUAUCCGCACCAGCUACGGCAUGUUCAUCCGGCGCCUGGCUGACCCCGUCAUCGCCCGCAUCGAGAAGCGCAUUGCGCUUUGGACGCAUCUGCCCCUCGAAAACCAGGAGGAUAUCCAGGUGCUGCGCUACGCACACGGCCAGACUUACGGCGCUCACUAUGACUCUGGCGACAACUCCAAGGAGCCAGGUCCCAAGUGGCGUCUGGCAACCUUCCUGAUGUACCUUUCCGACGUCGAGGAGGGCGGCGAGACGGCCUUCCCGCAGGAUAGCGAGUGGGCGGAUCCUACCAUUCCCGAGCGCAUCGGCCCCGUGUCUGACUGCGCCAAGGGCCACGUAGCUGCCAGGCCCAAGGCCGGUGAUGCCGUGCUCUUCUACUCGUUCUUCCCCAACAUGACUAUGGACCCCGCCGGCAUGCACACCGGCUGCCCAGUCAUCAAGGGCAUCAAGUGGGCGGCGCCAGUCUGGAUGCACGACAUUCCCUUCCGCCCAAGCGAGAUCGCGGACGGGGUGCAGCAGAUGCCCGACAACGACCCAGAUGCCGGCACCUGUGUGGACACGCACCCCCGCUGCCGGGAGUGGGCGGACUCAGGGGAGUGUAUUCGCAACAAGGGCUUCAUGGCGGGUGGCUUUGACAACCUAGGGACGUGCCGCAAGAGCUGCAAUGCCUGCGAGUCUUGCAGCAGAGGCGAUAUGGACUGUAUCAACCGCAACCGCGUGCGGGGCGGCUACUGGAAGCUGGACAAAGAGGAGCUUGAGUGGCUGGGUGCUGGCGACCUGUGGCAGGAAGAGGCGUCGCUUGAGCUGUAAGCUCGGCCUGCGGGUAUGGAAGCGGUGGUUGCGGGGCGGCCUUGCCGUUGUUGCCUUGGUAACGUUUAUGUUGUGUGUUAAGGCAGCACGAGCAAAGGUUUGAGAGGCCUGCUAGAUGUUGUUGAGGACGUGUACAGUGUGUGCUCGGACGCAGCCUUUAAAUAUGUGAGACUGUUGUAGUCGUGAUUCACGGAGUCCUAGAGCCAUUACCCAGCGUAGACACUGCCGUGUUGUUAAAGGGUUUUAUUGCUUCGGAGUCUGAGCUGUGAGGACUCGUAAACUUUGGUGCCAUUGACAUGCACACGGCGGUGUUGCUGUUGGUGCCCCCGUGAUUGGUGCUUGGGGUGCUGUUGGCGGCAGAGUUGAUGCGUAGUAUGUCCUGUACGGCUUGGGCAGAACCUAGUUGACGUGGAAAGUGUUUAUUUACUCUGGUGUACUUUGUUUCAGGACCCACUUCCUUUUGCAGCUGGGGCGUAGUUAUCCCCGCUAUCUAGGUAUUCUUUUCUUACACAGUGCAACCUGGUGCGAGCUUAACUAAGUGCAUAAGACUAUACUAACUUGUCGCGUUACGUCUUGCGUGGUAGGAAUGCGGAUGGGAGCGCCAGUGUGCAGUCAUCUUGCAUGUUAGCACAAUAAACCGUUUAAGACAGACGCUGUGUGAUCGCAUGCAUUGUUUGUACAGGGUUCCACACGCUGGUGCUGCCCAUUUAUUACAUCAAUGCUUUCUCAAGUACCAAUAAUGUGUUUGGAAUGGGCCAGCUGGUAGAUGCCGUGGUGGAGGGAACCAAGACAACCCACAUGCGCAUUGGGGGCAGUUUGCUUCAAAAACAGGUGCUCAUGUAAGAAUCUGGCUUCUG